ACCCCGGUAAUGCGCAUGUGCUUUGGUACAUAGGUGGUGGUUGUGCUUGUGGUGCUGCUUGCUGCUUCUAGCGGUGAGAGUUGCCAUGUCGGUGGCGGCUGUGUGUACGCACGAAUGUUGAUACCUUGAGGGAGUUAUGGCAGUGGUGGCAUGGUCCGACGAUGCGCUGAGCGCGGCGCUGCGCGGCCGCUUGAGGCCCUACGAGCCGUUGCUGAGCGCCGUGCAGGCCGCGCUGGUGUGGGAGCGGCCGGGCCGCAGCGCGCUGUGGUGGGCGGUGGCACACGGCCUCUUCUGGUUUUUUGCUCUGACUUCUCUCCGCUUGCUGUUCCUGGUUGCAUUUGCCCUCAUAGUAAUAGUUUGUGUAGAUCAGUAUAAGAACAAAAUCUGGCCUGAAAUUGGAGUGGCGAGACCUGACAAUUUAGACAAUGAGAGCUGGGAAUACAUUCACCCUCAGCUGCUGGGAGUGCUAGAGCUCUGCCACCAUUUGGCCGAAGCAUGGGUGUCUGGGACCAACUUCUUAAGUAAUCUCUUCGUUUUCAAGAGACAAAACCCUGGCAAGUUUUGCCUUCUAGUGUGUGGAGUCUUUACUUUCCUGUCUGUCCUGGGCUGGUAUAUACCUGGACUCUUGCUCUCAUACUUGCUAUUGCUCUUCAUCCUGCUGUGGCCCCUUGCUGUGUACCACAGAGUGGGGCACUGUGUGUACAUGAAGCUAGAGCCAGCUCUGCAGUGGUUGGAUUUCAGUGUUCGAGGCUACAUGAUAUCAAAGCAGCAGGAGAAGCAAUUGCGUAGCCAAUCCCUGAAUCAGGAGGCUGUGGAUGAUGGGAGUGAUAGUGAAGAGGAGCUUGCUGCAUUCUGUCCCAAGCUGGAUGACUCUGUGAUUGCCAAGGAACUGACAAUCUCUGACUCAGAGGAUUCAGGUGCUGAGGUUUCCUACGCUGAAAAUGGGAUGUUUAACCUUUCGAGGGGCCAGACUCCCCUGACAGAGGGAACUGAAGACCUGGAUGGUCACAGUGACCCAGAAGAAUCUUUAGCCAGGGAUCUCCUGGACUUCCCAUCCAUAAACCCAGAAGCAACUGGCAUAGAUGACAAAGAUAACACCAGCAUUUGGAUCCCCAGCGUGGCUUUCCGCUCACAAGUGACAGAUCUGCACCUUCCUUAUGAGCAGGAGGAAUCUGGUGCAUUGCCAUCCAUACAGUACCUCACUAACAAUGUGGCUGGUGCUGUCACCAGAGGGAUGAUCCAGUUUGCCCUGUCAGGAGCCUCACAGCCAGGCUCCUUGCACAGUGUCAACCUCCAGAGAGCUGCAAAUACUUACCUCAGAACAGCCAGCUUGGAUUUGGACAAUGAUGCAGAAGGGGGUGACUUUGAACUGCUGGAUCAGUCUGAGCUGAACCAGCUGGAUCCUGCUGGCUCCCGGGGCCAGUAAGCAGCAAUCCCAUCACUGCCCUCUGGUUAUGUCAUGGAGGGGAAUCCUGGAAGGAAAAGCCUUGCACUCUUAUCUAGGUUGUCUCCUGUGUGAGUAUGAGUGACAUGACAGCCAGCCCUGGCUGGGAACACCAUUGUGACUUGUGAUUCUGUAGCCUUUCUUGGAUUUUGAAAUAAUCUACUCUGGUAAUUCAUAGGGAGCAGGUGUUGAUGUGAGCUCCACAAUCACCUAUGCAUUGCCCUGCAUUGUCUGCCAGGAUGCUGCUUGCUCCAAACUCCUUCACCUAAGACAAUAAAUCUGGUGUCUGCAGCUCUACAGGCCACUGGUCAGACUGACUCAUCAUCACCAAAGACAACCUUGAAGCUGACUUUAUGGGGCUGAUGCAUAACCAGGUGAAGGGGACUGGUUUCCGCUCAGAUUUUAGUGUCUGGUACUUAAUGCUCUUCUGUCUGUAAGACAAACCAUUCUCCCUCACCUAAGAUGUGCACAGAGAAUCCAAGUCUUCUCUCCCAGCAAUAUCCAGUUCCAGUAGAAGCAAACCUCUUGCUCCUUCUUUCGUGGACAUGAUGGUGUAUGGCCAUGAUGUUUGUACUUGCCUUGCCCAACUCCUCUCAUCUACUGAUACUAUUUUCUAAGAGACCUAAUGGCAAUAAGACAUCUACUGUGAUGACUAGAGGCCUGCAAUGAACAUCUACAUCUGGCAGUUGCUCUUGUGUGGCUUUUUCUAAAAUAACAGACUAACACUUGGCUGGCAGACUAACACUCCGCCGUUUUUAUUUGGUUUGGUUUUUGUUUGGGUUUUUUGUUUGUUUGUGUGUGCACACGCGCCUUCUCCGCGAGGGGCAGGGAACAGGCGUCGUGCCAGAAGCGCAUCAGUGACGCCGUGGCGAGCGGAGCGCUGCUGAACGGAGGCGGAGGAUGAGCCAAGGCUGUGAGGGCUCCGCGGUGGGUAUUAAGUACCAGGCUGCCACCUUCCUGUCAUGGCCCUGGAUGGCUGUGGUGACCAGCAGACUGACCGGGGCCACCGCCGUCCUGUUGCGGUACUUACGGGAGCAGAGCCAGCUCAGGAUGCCUUUGGGAAUCUGCAGUGGGAGCACGGGCUGGGCAAGGUGGUGAGUGGGGCAGGGCGGGCGGAGCCCGGUGCAGGUCCCGCAGGCCGUGGUGAAGGCGUUGGAGCAGCUGGCGCAGCAGGGCUGCGUCCGUGAGAAGGUCUACAGGAAGCAGAAGAUCUAUUUCGCCGACCAGGUGAGCCCCAGCCUCGGGUUCCGCUACAGGAGCAGCUCUUGGCUGCCAGCGACGCAGGUCUAGAUGGGGAGGUUGCUACUCUCUCCACCAAGGUGCAGGCACUGCAGCAGAGCUGCUGGCAGAUGGAGGGAGGUGAGCAUGCCCUGCCUGCCCGGCCAUGCCUCUUCCCCCUCCCCCCGUGGCAACUGGAGCGUCUGGGGGCCCUGUGGGCACCACUGUCAGGCUGUUGGUCCCGCUGGUGAUUUGUGCUUCCUUUCCAGAGCUGAAGGACCUGAACAAUCCCAUGACAAUCCCCGAGAUGGCCAGAGAGAUCAAGGAGUUGAAGAAAGAUGGUGCGAAUUACACAGAGAAACUGGAGAGGAUUAAAUCUGCCACCAACUGUGUGACUCCAGAAGAAAAAGAGAAGGUGAAGAGCUGCCAGGGGCUGAGCCAGUCACACCAGACCAUCCACAGGGUAGCCCAGUCCUACUGAUACCAGUACAAUGGAGGCAGGGGGCUGUGGGGGACCCAGGCCACUCCACAGAGCCUCUGCAUGAGCCUCAGCUGUGUGUACAACGCCACCGACUCUUGUGGCAUCUUUAGCAAACAGCCUGAGCUGCCUCUUCCUUACAGACCUUUGGGUAGUCACCUCAUGUAAUCCAUUGUACAGAGCUUCCUGUCCCCAUAGGGCCUUUGUGAGCCACUUGGGUUGUUGAAUAACCCCCCUGGCUGUGGUUGGGAUGGCUGGUGGGUCCUUGGCACCAGGUACUUCCCAGCUUUGGGCUUAUGACAGUGUCAUGGUUUAGCAAGGAGCAACUUUUCUUUGGUAACAGGGGGAUGGGGCUGCAGUGCAGACCCAAUAAAGAGUUCUCAGACUUUCUCCAGGCUCUUGGGUUCAGACCCACCUCCGGCCCGGCUGGGCCAAUCUGGCGCCUCUGCCAGCACUAUUUAAGGAUGGGAAUUUGAAGUGCUUUGGAGGAGGUGUAAGAGUGGUACAAGAUGGAGGCAACCACGUGGACCCCACAGUCAGAGGAGGAAAGAAGGAGGAGCACCAGACCAGAGACCCCUCUGCAACCCAUGGUGAGAACGCAGCUGUACCCCUGCAACCCAUGGAGGGCCAUGGCAGCAGCUUUGUGUGAGUGUGCCCAGAUGGGCAAGAGACUGUGUGAGGAGGCGGCCAUGGCGCAGGCCGUGCUGGAGAGCCUGCGGGCCGCAGAGCAGACCCACACGAGAGGCAGAGAGAAGCUGCAGCCUUUGGGAUGAAUGCACGUUGGAGUAGCUGAGUAGCUGGAGUAGCCCGUGCUGAGCAGCUGGUUAUGUGAGGUACUCCAUGGAGGAGCAGGGAGGACUGGUGUGGAGCCCACCUGCCCUGAGGAGAAACAAACAGCAGAAACCAUAGAGUUGACUGAAACUGACUGAAACCCCCAUUCCCUGGCCCCCCCCCAGCCGUUCAGUGGGGGAGGAGAAAAACACACUGGGACCAGGGCUCUGAGGCCUGGAAGAGAGGAGGAGUGGGGAAAGGUGUUCUUAAAAGGCUGGUUGUACUUGUCAUCUUGUACCACUGUAUUGUUUUCUGUUGGUUAUGUUUUGGGGGUAUGCUUUAGUUGGUGUUGGAUUAAAUUAUUGCCUUUGGCAAUUCUCAGGUCUUUGGUACUUGAGGCUAA